UAGGAACCACUAUUUCAAGAUGGCUGCGCCCAUGGGGGAAGUCAUGAAUAUCAAAUCUGAUGUCCACGACGGCUUAGAACCCUUUGGUUCAGAUAAUCACAUUGCACGAGGUGCAUAUUUAUACUAUAAUUACGGCUGCGACAAAUUUGACGACAGAGGAUGGGGAUGUGGUUACAGAACCUUGCAAAGUAUUUGUUCCUGGAUAAAAAAUCAGCAAGAAAAAGGAAGCUCGCAGAUAUCACACAGAGUUCCCAGCAUUCCAGAGAUACAGGAAGCCCUUGUUGCCAUAGGAGACAAACCUGACACAUUUAAAGGAUCAAAAGAUUGGAUCGGUUCAUUUGAAGUUUGCCUGUGCAUUGACCAUUUCUAUAAUGUGCCAUGUAAAAUAAUACAUGUGAAUUCUGGUGCUGAUCUGCCCGAUCAUGUUGAAGAGUUGGUCAAACAUUUCCAGGAGUAUGGAGCACCAGUUAUGAUGGGAGGAGAUAGUGAUAGUUCAUCUAAAGGUGUGGUUGGUGUAUGCAGAAACCCACAGGCUUUACUUAUAGUGGAUCCACAUCACUAUGGACCAGCAAAAUGUAAAACAUAUCUACAGAAAGAGGGCUGGGUAAAAUGGAGGUUGAUCGAGGAAUUUAAAGAACACUCCUUUUAUAACUUGUGUCUACCACAGUUAAAAUACACAGAUUUUGGAUAAAUAA